GGUUUCUCUCGAGUUCCCUUUAGGUUAGAAGUAAUCUCUCAUUUGUAAUCUUGCAUUACUUAUUAUUAUUUUUUAUUCUACAACAGCGUCUACGAUUACCUGUUUCUCGAAGCACUGUCAAGUGCUAUCGCAUAAGCGUUUGUAUCUCAGUGCGAAAUAAUUGAUUCGUAGAUAUUUACGUGCAAAUAUGUUGUCCUUACAUAUAUUAUCGAAAUGUAAUAUAAAACCUUCAAAUGGAAUAUUAUUUCAAUGGAUAAAUAUUUCUGCGAGAUUAUGCUCUUCAUCUUCUACAUCAUCAGAUUCAUCUGAUUCUGAUUCUGAUACUGAAAAAGCAAAACCAAAGGUGACACAAGUUAAAAGUGCAAGUUCUGCAAAUGCAACAUCAGAUAACAAAUAUGAUUUGGAAAGCUUCUUGAGUAACAUGAUACAAGCGAGAAAGCUGCAAAACACCAUUGAUGUUGCCAUGCAGCCUAAAAAGAAAUCACAAGCUAAAUUGGAGAAACCCGUACCUUUUGAAAAGAAAAUAGUAAGUGCGGCAGAAGAUGUGGCCAAUAUGCUUGGUGGGGAUAAAACGAAGACUACAUCAGACUUGCUUGAAAAAGUUCUUGCAUCUAGAGUACAAGCAUUAAGAGAAGAAUCGGCAAGCGUUGAAAGGCAGAAUGUUAAUGUCAAACAAUCGCAAAAACACAACGUACAAAAAAAUUUCCAAGACAAAGAUAUGGAAAAGUCUAUAAUACGAACUCUGUUGGACGAAUAUAAUAGGCAACCAGUGAAAGUAGUUAAAGAAAGUUCCCAAGAAAAAUAUACAGAAAAGAAGUCUAUAAUACAAAACCUGCUGGAUGAUUAUAAUAAGCAACCAGUAAAAGUAGUUGAAGAUAGUGUAACAAGAAAAUUAUUACAAAGUCGUAAAGAAUCUAAAACACAGUUAGAGAAUAAAGAAAAGCCUCGUACCAGGCUUAAAGAUGUCAAUUUAUGGGAUGGAAAGCCUAGUCAAGUUUUCGAAAAUAUGGGUGCCAUUUCGCCAAAUAUACCGGAAUUGAAAACGUGGGCGGUGUUAGAGCAAAGAGAAUUAAAAGCAAUGACAACUUAUCCACCUGCCAAUGUUUUUCAAGAGCUGAUUCUUUGGACGGAGCAAGGAAAAUUAUGGAAAUUCCCCAUUGACAAUGAGCAAGGAAUGGAAGAAGAGUACAAUGUUCAUUUCUCAGAACAUGUCUUUAUGGAACGUCAUCUGAAGGAAUGGUGUCCUAAAUCGGGACCGGUACGUCAUUUUAUGGAAUUAGUGUGCACUGGACUUUCCAAGAAUCCAUACAUGACAGUUCAAGAGAAAAUUGGACAUAUUAUGUGGUAUAAAGAAUAUUUUGGAUCUAAACAUGACCUGUUGCAAGAAAUAGGAGCAAUUCAGGAGCCAAUCCCUGAUAAAUUAAAACAGAUUACAGAAUAAAUUAACAUUAGUGUAUUCCAUAAUUGUAAUGUAUUUCUUAUUGCUAAAUAAUUCCCUCCCUUUAUAAACACA